CACGGCUGCCUAGGCAACAGAAGCAAACAGGUCGUGAAGGUCGGGGGAUAUCGGCGGGAUAAGAGCUGAGGAAGCUGAGGGCUCCGUGACCAUGAUGGUUUCAAGGCGGAAUGUAACCUAUGCUCAGAGGCAGAGGGUGCUAGCAGAAGCACAGAGGCAGGAGUCCCUCCGUGAGGACCAAAUUCAAAGACUGAAUAAUGAGCAACGCAUGGAAGCAAUAUUGAAGAGUGAGGAACGCGUAGAGAAGAAACGCUUUAUAAAGAGAUUGCAAGAUGAAGAACACGAGAAGAGAAUGGAGGAGGCCAUUCAACAAGCAUCAGAAAACAGAAGGCUGAAAGAAUUGCAGCUUGAACAAGAAGAGAGAAUGGCACAAGAGAUUGCCAGAAUAAACUAUGAAAAACUAAAAGAUGAGAAAAUGAGACAGCAAAUACGAGAGAACAGCCUUGAACUUCGAGAACUGGAGCAAAAGCUAAAAUCUGCCUACCUCAGCAGGGAACGGGCUGCCCAGGUUGCAGAAAAAGAACUGCUGAAAUGUGAAAAUAAGAAAAGAGAGUCUGAGAUAGCCCGGAAAAUGAAGGAGGAACAUGAAAAAGUUGCAGAAGAGGAGCUUGCCAAAGAAACAAGACGCUAUCAGGAGAAGUUACUCUAUCAAUCGGAGUUAGAGAGACAACUAGAAGAGAAAGAAAGAAAGAGACAGGAAGCUUAUGACGAGUUCCUGAGGGAGAAGGUCCUUGUCGAUGAAAUUGUAAGGAAGAUUUACGAGGAAGACGAGACGGAAAGACAGCUGAAACUAGAAAAAACGAAUGCUACCAGACGUUUUAUUGAUGAAUUCAAAGAGCAACAGGCCACAUGGAGAAAACUGGAAAAAGAGAAAGUGGAAGAAGAAAACCGUAGAAUCCUGGCUUUUGCCAACAUGCAGCAGAGACGAGAAGAAGAUCGCAUGGCUGACAUCCGAGAGCGUGAGGAGAGAAAGAAGGCGCUUCAGGAAAUGCUUGCAGAUCAUAUCCAGAAGGAGCAGCAACAGAGAGAGGAGUUGGAGCAAAUGCGUGAAGAGCUGUAUCUGGAAGAACAAGCAGAGGAGGCCCGGCAACGAGAAAUUGCGGAUAUGGAGAGGAAAAUCCGCCAGCGUCUCGAAUUGCAGCAAACAUUUGAGGAGCAAAUGGCAUUUAAGCAAAUUGUGCAGAAAGCCGCAAAAGAAGAAGAGGAAGCUUUCAGACAAGCCAUGCUGGCCAAAUUCGCAGAGGAUGACCGCAUCGAACAGAUGAAUGCACAGAAGAGAAGGAUGAAACAACUUGAGCACAAGAGAGCUGUAGAGAAACUACUUGAAGAUAGACGGCAACAAUUAUUUGCAGACAAGGAACGCGAACUUCAAGAAAGGGAAGAGAAAGAAAGAAGAGAAGCACUCCGUCGUGCGAUUGUUGAAGAGGAGAGACAGAAACUUCUCAAAGAGCAUGCCACUAAACUGCUGGGGUAUUUACCAAAGGGAAUAUUUAAGGAUAAAGAAGAUCUCAACAUGUUUGAUGAAGAAUUUCGGAGCACUUUUCAGAAAAGAAGCGCAUCCGUGUUUUCUGACGACUGGGAUUAUUAAGCCUGAAUUGUUCUAUAAGGGACAUCACCACUAGAUGGCGCGCUGCCAUCAGUCUGUGUAUCCCUGGUACAGAUUGCUGUUAAAGCCACACUACACAAAUAA